GGGAGGCAAAGGAAAAUGCCAGGAGCAACUGCUUGAAAUUUUUAAUGGGUGUGGAUUUAAAUGAAAAACUUCAAAAAAAGUGAGUGAAAUUCCUGAAGAGGUUGUUGUCCCCUGCUAAUCAGGUCCAAACCUGUACAGCACAAAGGAGAUGAUGGACUCAAUCAUGAAAGCUGGAUUAGUAGAAUCACUCUUUCUUUUUUGUGUUGCAAAUUUAGUUUUCUAUGGAUAUGGAUUGCAACAACUUCUGGCUGAUAAAGAAACCAUUGUGAAGAUAUCAACUUCUGGAAAAUUAAUUCAGUGUUCUGCAGCAAUCGAUAUACUCCUGGUUAUGGAUGGCUCCUACAGUAUUGGAAAAGGUAGCUUUGAAAGAUCAAAGCACUUUGCAGCUAAGCUGUUUGAUGUGCUUGACAUAAAUCCAGAUCGGGUACAAGUUGGAGUCAUCCAGUACAGUUCAAAAUCAAAAGUUGAAUUUGCUUUGGAUGCUUAUCCCACGAGAGAAGAAGCAAAAGAUGCCAUUAAGAAAAUUCGUUUAAGGGGUGGUGGCACUGAAAUUGGAAGGGCCAUUAAAGACGUCCUGCGAAAAGGUUUCCCAGGUGGGAGAAAUGAAGUGCCUAAGAUUAUGGUUAUUCUGACUGAUGGGAAGUCUCAAGACAACGUUACUCUCCCAGCAAUUUUUGCAAAGAAAAGUGGAAUAACACUUUUCGCUGUUGGAAUUAAAUAUCCUAAGUGGAAAACACUGCACAGUCUUGCAAGUGAACCAAGUGAGAUGUAUGUUUUUUUUGCAGAGCAUUAUGAUGAUGCAGUGAAUGGACUUUACACUACUUUAACACAAAUUACUGUGUGCAGUGACAUACAUCCUUAUUGUAAAGUUGAGUCCCGGUACUGCCUAAGGACCACUAUCGAAGCUGAAAAAGAAUUCCAAGGAAAUCAUAUGUGUUGGAAAGGAAAACCUGAGGGACUGUAUUCAAAACCAAUGGCUACUCUAUGUCCUUUUUACAGAUGGAAACGGAUAAACAGCACAGUGCUGAGUCGAUGUCAUCGGACCAUAUGUCCAGAUCCAUGCGAAUCCACUCCCUGUCAGAAUGGAGGGACUUGCCUUACUGAAAGUGUUGAAGAGUACAGCUGUCUUUGUCCUCUGGGUUAUGGAGGGGACAAGCAUUGUGGUGGAGACAGAUAUCUCAUACCUGCAGGGCUAUCAGCUUGUGCAGUGGACCUCGUUUUCCUGAUAGAUGGAUCUUGGCACAUGGGCUUACAUGGAUUUCUUAUGGCAAAAGAUUUUAUGAAAAGACUUGCUCAUUCAGUCUUUGUUUCAUCACAUAAAGUUCAGAUUGGAGUUGUUCAGUAUGGUGAUAAGGUUCAUAUGGAGAUCAACCUGCAAUUUUACCAAAGUAUUUCUGAAUUAAACAGACAAAUUGAUGGAAUUUCCUUUAGGGGAGGGAACACAUUCACAGGAAAAGCUCUGGAUUAUAUGGCUCAACAUGGCUUCAAAGUUUCUCAAGGAAGUCGAAUGGAAGUUCCCCAUGUGUUGAUCCUAUUGUCUAACUCCAAAUCACAUGAUCUGGUGACUUUGCCUGCUGAACGAGCGAAAGAGAAGGAGAUAUUCAUUCUAACUGUUGGUGGCCACAGGCUCUUUAAUGACAUGAACCUCAUUACCGGAGAUUCAAGAAUGGUGUUUUCUUUCCACGAUGAGCAGGAAUUGUUCAACAAGGUCCUGGAAAUGAGAACCAAAUUAUGUGGAUUAAAUUCCCCAGGUUGUUUUUCAAAGUCCCUGGAUCUAGUGUUUGUUUUGGAUGCAUCCAAUAAUGUUGGAAGAAAUGAUUUCCGGCUUAUAAAAACCUUCAUUAAAAAUAUAAUUUCCCAAUUUGAUAUCGACUCUGACCUCACUCAGAUUGCACUGGUAAUUUAUAACAAGAAGCCACGAAUGAUUUUCAGUCUGGACACAUUUGACAGUGAAGGGGCCAUGAAAAAAAGUAUAAGCCUUGCGCCAUAUUUGGGUGGUCAUGCACAAACUGGAAAAGCUUUACGAUUUGUAUUAGAAGAUGCAACAAGUACUAAGAAGGGAGCGAGACCUGGAGUUACAAAAGUUGUGCUUGUGGUAACAAAUGGCCAAAGUGCAGAUGAUGUAAGUUCUACUGUGGAUCAGCUAUGGCAAGAUGGCAUUACUUUGCUUGUUAUUGGAACUGGAGAAGCGCAGUCACCAGCUCUACUGAAAAUUGCCAGAAGCCCCAAGUUUAUGAUUCCUGUGCCAUCAUAUGAACAUUUAAAGCAUUAUGAAGCUAACUUAGUACGGAAAAUAUGCAAUGGUAAGAACAACAAAAUGGUCAACGGGCAUUCUGAUUUCUUGUAGCACACCUAAAACUAUACAACACAUAGCUGUGUAUGUGGAUAUCCACAUCAUGGCAUUUCCACUGGAGAGGAAUCAUAAGCAACAAAGUGAAGUGCCUCGGAAUUUAAAACCACAAGGCUGCUGGUUCAUUACACUUGUGCCCUUUCCAUUGUAAUGAAAGGUUUGGUUUGGUUCGAGACUGUUCCUGUCUUGUACCUAGGAGUCCCAGAAUAACCUUCAGUAUUCUGUAACUGUGGACUGGAUAGAUUAGUUAAAUGAUACAAAAAAAGUAGUUGUAGGAGUCAAAAUAAUGCAAAAUUACAAAAAAAAACUAACCUUAAAAUUUAGUAUGGAUUCUCAAUAAAAAAAUGUAUCAUCCCCUCCCUCCAUUAAUGGGAUGCCAAAACUAGAUGACAUAUCUAUCCACAACCAAAUCUAAAAUGAAAUGUACAGUAUCAAAGUCUAAGUGAAACUUUCUCUUUUUUUAAUUAACAUUUAGUAAAAUACGGUGGUUUGCUGCCUCAAACAGAAAACAAGUUUCCUCUGAAAGACUGGCAAGAUUUGUGAAUUUCAAUCUGUUGAGUUUAAUCAUACCAUAGACACAACAUUUCUAAAACUUCUCAAAGAAAGUUAAGGCUGUGUCUGCACUGUACCUUAAUCAUUUGCUGUCAUUUGUUUCUGACAACACCUUUCAUCUAACAUUUGAUUAAAACAGUUUGAGUAGGUAUGGCAACAUUUUGGUGGUAGUUAAGGGUCAUUCAUUGGAUACUGAAUGGAGUUGCUUGAAGAAUAUCGGAGUUGAUUGUUUUUUGUCUUGACAGCAUUAGCCAGGAUAUAACAAAUGAAAAAUAUAGCACACAAUUUUGGCAUAGCAUACACCACUAUAAAGAAAUGUAAAUUCUAUUGGGGGUACUGACUGACAUCACAGCUGCAAAAUAUAUUAAAAUAAUUAAUGAACAAAUGUUUACAGUAGAAGGUAGCACAGGUGAAAAAUGAUAUUGAUAGUCACGGUCACCUGCUUGUGCUCAAAUUGUUUACAAAAAUACAAACAUAACACAGGCUUGCCAUGUUAAAAAUAAAAGUUCCAUAUUUUUCAAGUUAAAGUUUUUUUUUCACAAACAUGCUGCAAACACGCAUUUGCCAUAUCAAAUUGUGUUCUAAAGUUAAUCACUUUAAAUACAUUUUAAAAAAUAUUGUGCUUGCACUGGCGCUUUUCAUUGUUUGCUAUUGGGUAAAGAGUUAAAGUUUAAAAACUUAACAAACACGUCCAUUUUACAAGUUGUUGAGUGUUGAACAUUGUCUUGUGAUUACACACAUACAGUAUACAAUAUUUAAUACUUGUCACUUUUAGACAAAAAAAAAAAAAAAAAUUCACACUUAAAAGAAAUCAUGGCCAUGCACAAUGGCUUAGCACUUCGCUUUCCUGGAUAAGAACCUUUCACUCUGCUCCAGGGUGUGGUUUCCUCUGAAAAGACCAAAUCACAGUAUACUUUUCGUGCCACGUGGUUGGUUUUAUUUUUAUGUACUUCUGUACUUAUGUGAGAAUUUGCACAAGCAAAUAAAAAACAUAUCCUUAUCAUGAGAAAAACAUACCAGAAAUAUGCAAUAAAAUUAUUUCCUGAUCACUUUUGUUGUCACAAACGUGCGCCGUAAACAUGGAAGGCGUGGAUCAAUACUUGACAGCUGUGUUGGCUGGAAAAAAUGAACGUAUUUAUAAGUUUAUAACCUCUUCCUCCAUGCCCCAUAAACUCCAUUGUAAAGCGCCACAGUGGGCAAGAUAUAUACAUUUUUAAUAUAUAAAGUGCUUAACUUUAGAGCACCAUUUCACAUGGCAAAUUCAUAUUGUCAAACUUGGGUCGUAGGGUUGCACAAGAGACUGGAAGACAACACCAGAUUUCCUAGGAAAAAUAAACUUAUUGUUGAGCACACCAGAACAGUUUCAAAGCUUUUCUCCAAAUAAGAGCUUUUAUUUCAGCACAUAAGAUACAGGCAGUGAUAAGGGCUUUAGUUCCCUUCUUCAGUUUAAAAGAACACAAAGACUUCUUUCUCGAGCGGAUUGAGUGGCUUGAGAGCAGAAAGGCAGGUGAGAGCUCAGCUUCAAAUGUUCUAAACAUCGUGCAACAAGCACAUUAGGCGGUGAUUGUGCAGCUGAUCCUAUGGAGGGCAAGUUAAGUGUACUUGUUUCCUAUUGAAAUACUGUUAUAAAGGACUUUUUGAAGAGCAGCUGUGUUAAGUUUGCUUAUCUGCCACCAUCAGAGGUGACGAUUAGGUGGUGUCGGCAGUCACAAUAUAUACGGUGUUUAUGAAGAAAUUACUUGGACGUGAAAAAUACCACACGUUUAUGUGCUUUGAGCAUAGCAAAAGGGGUUUUACCAUAACAUAUUGUGAUUCAGCACUUCUUUAUUCUUUAACUAAACCUGGACAUCUUUUUGAGGUUGAUUUUAAACACAAAUCUAAUCUGUCUUCUUUCAAAUAAAUAUAUUAAAACUAGCCGUGUAAGCCCGUGCUGUAAAACGCCCGGGCUUCUUGAAACUAUUGAAAUAGUCAGAAAAAAACUGAAAUGCAGAGUUGGUAGUUUCGUUUUGCGGACAUGCUCACCCCCCUUGUCUAUCAGCAGCUAAGCGAGUUUCUCUCUCGUUGGUCUUACCUCUGCAGUUUCACUUUAGUGACGGAGUCGCCUUCAUGCUGUAGCCUCGUACUUCUUUCUUCUUCUGACUCAUUAAUUUGCGGCAGCCUUGCUGGCUGUUUGAGCUUCACGCUGUAGCCGUGCACUUCCGGGCCAGACAGUCCAUGCGUAGACGUCUAUAUGUAAGACUUAAAUUUAAUUCACUUCACUUUUAUUCCACCUAUCCUACUGAAUGUUGCCGUAGUAACAUGCCAAGCUGGGCAUGCUAACUCGAGCAGUUUCUUAGAGAUCGACCUGAGGAAAUCGCAGACAUUUCUAUGCUAUUUCAUUUCUAGAAAACUGCACAGAAACAGGGAUUCCAGGACACAAUAUUAGAGCUAGGAUUUAGUAGUAGUUGCCAGCAAGCCUUCAGGGGGUUUGAUGUGGGUUGGGUUUUGGUGGGUGGUUGACUGGUGAGCGCCAGACUGGAUCUUGUGGUCUAUAAUCUACUUUCAGGUCUCCAAGAUUUGAAAAAAUUAAAAUAAAUUCAUUUUGGAUGAAUAUAAUAAACUUGCCACAGCAAUCAUUAUUUUUGUAAAUACUUCUAAACAGAACAGUUUUUUAUAUAUGUACCUUAUCUCUGAAAUAAAUGAGCAAAAAAAUAUGAUCAAAAUUCUGUUAAAGUUCUCAGUGUGAAAUGUCAAUGAAUUCCACAAGAUUUUUGAAUAAAGUUAUGAAAACCUCUAAAGAUAUUUCCUGUCACAAUAAAUGAAUAAAACACA